AUGGCGGCCGGGGUACUUUACACUUAUCCGGAAAACUUCCGCGCUUACAAGGCGUUGAUCGCCGCACAGUACUCCGGAGCCGAUGUGAAAAUAGCUCCUAACUUUGUGUUCGGUGAAACUAACAAGUCCGAGGGUUUCUUAAAGAAGUUCCCAGCCGGUAAAGUGCCAGCCUAUGAAAGUGCCGACGGUAAAGUACUACUCACAGAGAGCAAUGCUAUCGCAUACUACGUGGCUGAUGCUGCCCUCCGUGGUGGUGACCUGGCUACUCAGGCAAGAGUAUGGCAGUGGGCCUCAUGGGCAGACAGUGAGCUGUUGCCUGCCUCGUGCGCUUGGGUGUUUCCCUACCUCGGUAUCAUGCAGUUCAACAAACUGAAUGUUGAGCGUGCAAAGCAAGACCUCCUGGCCGCUUUGAAGGUGUUGGACUCUCACUUGUUGACGCGCACAUUCCUUGUCACAGAAAGGAUCACACUGGCAGACAUCAUUGUCUUCACUACGCUACUGCACGCUUACCAGCACGUGCUGGACGCUUCGCUGCGCAAGUCGCUGGUGAACGUGGGGCGCUGGUUCGUGACCGUGGCCAACCAGCCGCGCGUCCGCGCAGUCGUCGGUGACGUCACGCUCUGCGCCGCGCCGCCCGCCGUCGACCACAAGAAGUUCCAGGACCUCACCAACAGCAAGAAGGACGGUGCAAAGAAAGAAAAGAAGGCCGAAAAGAAAGAACAGCCCAAGAAAGAAAAAGUGGAGGAAUCCCCAGCUCUAGACGAUGAACUGGAAGAGAAGCCUAAGGAGUCCAAGGAUCCCUUCGACUCUAUGCCUAAAGGAACAUUCAAUAUGGAUGACUUCAAGAGAUGCUAUUCAAAUGAGGAUGAAUCAAAGUCAAUCCCCUACUUCUGGGAGAAGUUUGACCCUGCAAACUACUCCAUCUGGUACGCUGAAUACAAGUACCCAGAGGAGCUCGCCAAGGUGUUCAUGAGCUGCAACCUCAUCACUGGCAUGUUCCAGCGCCUGGACAAGAUGCGCAAGCAGGCCUUCGCGUCGGUGUGCCUGUUCGGCACGGACAACGACUCCAGCAUCUCGGGCGUGUGGGUGUGGCGCGGCCACGAACUGGCCUUCCCUCUGUCACCGGACUGGCAGAUCGACUACGAGUCCUACGAUUGGAAGAAGCUCGACCCCGCCAACGAGGAGACCAAGAAGCUGGUCCAGAACUACUUCUCGUGGUCCGGCGAGGACAAGAAGGGACGCAAGUUCAACCAGGGCAAGAUUUUCAAAUGA